UAAGAACCAACAACGGAAAAACACAGCAUGUUUUUGCAGGUGCUGGUCAGAACCCUGUUCGGCAGGCGAGCAUUGGGGCAGGAAUUCCCUACUCUGUGCCUGCUUGGAGCUGUCAGAUGAUAUGUGGCUCUGGCUUGAAGGCGGUAUGUCUGGCUGCUCAGUCCAUCCUGGUGGGAGAUUCCAGUAUUGUGGUGGCAGGAGGCAUGGAAAGCAUGAGCAAGGCCCCUCACGUAAUUCACAUGCGAAAUGGAGUAAAAAUGGGAGAGGCUUCCUUGCAGGACACGAUAAUCUGUGAUGGCCUUACUGAUGCGUUUUAUCAGUUCCAUAUGGGUAUAACAGCUGAAAAUGUGGCUAAUCAGUGGCAAGUUAGCAGAGCGGAACAAGACCAAUUUGCUUUACAGUCACAAAACAGGGCAGAGGCAGCACAGAAAGCUGGCUAUUUUACAAAAGAAAUCAUUCCUGUUCUUGUACCUUCUAGAAAAGGUACUGUAGAAGUUAAAAUGGAUGAACACCCUCGACACGGGAGCAACUUGGAAACAAUGGCAAAGUUAAAGCCAUGUUUUCUGAAGGAUGGAACUGGGACAGUAACAGCAGCUAAUGCUUCAGGCAUAAAUGAUGGAGCUGCAGCUGUAGUUCUUAUGAAGAAAUCAGAAGCUGCUAGGAGAGGUCUUACACCGUUGGCCCAGAUUGUAUCUUGGGCUCAGACAGGUUUAGACCCAUCCGUAAUGGGAGUAGGACCCAUUAGAGCAAUAAAGCAAGCUGUUGCCAAAGCUGGCUGGACUCUGGACCAAGUUGACUUGUUUGAAAUUAAUGAAGCUUUUGCAGCAGUAUCUGCUGCAGUAACAAAAGAACUGCAAAUAAAUCCAGAAAAGGUUAACAUCCAGGGGGGAGCCAUUGCCCUGGGCCACCCUCUUGGGGCCUCAGGCUGCCGCAUCCUGGUCACUCUGCUCUACGCCUUGGAACGCACAGGUGGAAAAUACGGUGUUGCUGCGCUGUGCGUUGGAGGUGGCAUGGGAAUAGCUAUGUGUGUCGAGCGAUGA